AUGGGCAACGCUAUGUCGGCGAGUUUCGCACCAGAGUGCACGGAUCUGAAACAGGAAUAUGACAACUGCUUCAACCAAUGGUACAGCGAAAAGUUCCUAAAGGGCCUUUCCAUGGAAAAUGAGUGCAGCAAGCAAUGGUACGCCUACACUACGUGCGUGGAAGCGGCGCUGGUCAAACAGGGCAUCAAGCCUGCGCUGGACGAAGCCCGCAAAGAAGCUCCCUUCGAAAAGGGCGGCGAAUCCGCAGACUCGGAUGCCAGUAAGUAG